AUGCCUGCCGGUAACUGCGAAGUGCUUAGGAAGAUGGACAUCAGAAGAUCGCUGUUUAAGCUACUCCUCUUUCAAGUGUUAAUAGUCCGUUGUACGGCGAAAAGCAUAGCUGAAAACACGCCGAGGGCACAAAUUGUCGGCGACCUGGAACACACUAUCCAGAAUAGCAUAAGAAACCUUAUACACUCCGGUAUCUACUCACACAAGCAUCUGGAUACGUCUGAAGUAGAAGUUGUGACCCCAGUGAAAGUGACCCACGACGGUGAGCUGGUCUCCCACGAGCUGGAUCAUAUUCACGAGCACGGACAUUCAAGGGCACGCCGAGACCUUCGGGAUACGGAGCAUCAUCUGCCACAUACUGUUCAUUAUAACCUUACCCUUGCUGGACGGGAUCUGAGGCUGGACCUUAGGCCGUCUGUAACCUUUAUCACACCAUCUAUGAUCGUGGAAAGACAUGGCGCGGACGGGCGAACGCGGUCGCGACCACAGGAAGCGGCCACUUCGUGCCACUACACAGGCUCCGUCAGGGGGCAACCUUCCUCCAAGAUCGCUAUCUCAGCCUGCGAUGGUCUUGCAGGACAUUUAAGAACGGAGCAAGGAGAAUAUUGGAUUGAACCGUCUAAUCAAAUAUCCACCGAUAGUUCUAAAGGGCGACCGCACAUUAUCUUUAAGAGAUCAGCGGUUGAUAAAGUCAAAUCCUUUUAUAGAGAAAAGAGAGAAGUUAGUAGUAGAACAAACUUAUCUAAUUAUAAUGGUGAUAGACACCAGCGUUAUGAAAAUAGCAAGCAUAGCAAUAAUAAAAGAAUCAACAAAGAUGUUAUGGACCCUAGAAGACGAGCGUACCUUGAAGAAAGACAAAGGCGGCUCGAAGCGCUUCGACGAGACCCAAUGUCAUAUAGAAGAGAGCAAAUCAAAAGAGCUGAAAGAAGAAGAAUGCAUUCUGUCUCGAAAAGCGUGUCAAUUGAAAAUAGUAAUUCAAUAGAACAAUUAAAAAAUAAAACCCACAGCAAACACAGAUUUGAACAGAGGCCGCGAAGAAUACGAACAAGACGAAGGCGAAGGUCAAAAAAUUGCGCUACGAAGCAACCUCGUUACCAAUGGGAGAAUAAAAACCAACGAAACAUUAAACUUGAGGAUCACAAAAAUUCUAGAAAUAAUAAGAAAUACCAUCAUCGUUCUCAUCAGCAAUUGAACAGCCGAUGGGGCCUCAACCAAACAAGACGAUCCACUCGUUCUGUGAGUAAACCGCGACAUGUCGAGGUACUUCUAGUCGCCGAUAAGUCUAUGACCGAUUUCCAUGAUCAAGGGAGCUUGGAGACGUAUCUACUCACAAUUAUGAAUAUGGUAUCAUCUCUGUAUAUGGACCCAUCCAUUGGCAACUACAUCAAGGUUGUAGUUGUGAAAAUAAUUCUGGUAGAGGAGUUGCAAGCGGCACCCGAUUUAGAAGUGACGACAAACGCUGACUCCACACUGAACUCAUUCUGCCGCUGGCAACACCAACUCAACCCUAAUGACGAUAAAGAUCCACAUCAUCAUGACGUCGCCAUACUGGUCACACGCCAGGAUAUUUGUAGCCAACACGACUUACCUUGUAGUACCCUGGGCGUCGCGCACGUGGCUGGCAUGUGCAAACCAGAUCGAAGCUGCUCAGUCAAUGAAGACAACGGAAUAAUGCUUGCACACACCAUAACACAUGAAUUGGGCCACAAUUUCGGCCUGUACCACGAUACGGAGAAGAUAGGAUGUCAUCGGAGAGAAGGGUCUACGCUGCACAUAAUGACACCUAUUUUUGAAGCUGACACAGUUCAAGUAGCCUGGUCCCGAUGCAGUAAGCGUGAUGUUACGAAUUUCUUAGAUGCGGGCUUAGGCGAGUGCUUGAGUGACAGACCGACAGAUGACGAGCCCUACGUGUACCCAGAAGUACCAGCGGGAGUCAUGUUCGAUGCGGCAUCUCAGUGCCACCUGCAGUUCGGCGCAGAGGCAGUAGUUUGCGCUAAGCCGACGGAAUUAUGUGAACAUCUGUGGUGUCUUGUUAACAACACAUGCAAAACCAUGCUCAGGCCGGCAGCGCCGGGAACCACAUGCGGUGAAAAUAUGUGGUGUCAAAAUCAAACGUGCGUGGCGAGAACACCGUCACCAGUGCCUCGGGAUGGUGGUUGGGGACCAUGGAGCGAUUGGAGCGAGUGUUCCCGAACCUGUGGUGCUGGUGUAUCCACCCAGUACCGAGAGUGCAAUAAUCCAGAGCCCUAUAAUAACGGACACUAUUGUAUUGGCGAUCGUAGUCGGUACAAAGUGUGCAACACAGAUCCGUGCCCUAUCAACGAGCCGACAUUUAGGGAAGUCCAGUGCGCACGCUACAACAAUAUGACCUACAAUAAUGAAACUAUCUCAGAGUGGAUACCAUAUAUCGACCAAGAUAAACCAUGCGACCUUCAAUGCGUACCUCGCAACAGAAAUGAUGUGGAGAUGGUUGGAGGUUUCGUCAUUGACGGCACGCCUUGUCGACAAUCCAUCGGUUCUAGGGACAUGUGUAUAUCUGGUGUCUGCUACAAAGUUGGUUGCGACUGGAUAGUCGAUUCUGACGUAGAGGAAGAUGAAUGCGGCGUUUGUGGUGGCGAUGGUUCCGCUUGCAAGACCGUACAAGGCAUUUACAAUAAGGAUACUACAAGACGCUCUGGGUUCAGUGAGGUUGCUGUCAUCCCUGCUGGCUCCAGAAACGUUAAGAUUCAAGAAAAAGUUAGUCCUGGGAAUUACAUAUCAAUCGCCGGUGCCAAAUCAAGUAGGAUAUACCUAAACGGUGCUCGGAAUACUACCCUAACGGAGUAUUUCGUGGCGGGUGCGCCGGCGGUUUACGAACGAGAUCGUGAUUGGGAGAAAGUACGAAUUAGUGGACCAUUGGCGGAAGAUAUUAAAGUUUAUCAACGGAUAUUCCGAGGCAGACAUCGUAAUCCGGGGGUCACGUACCAAUAUGUGGUGGACCAGCCGAAGCGACGUUACCACUACCGCGUGUCCGAUUGGACACCUUGCUCUGUCACUUGUGGCUUGGGGCGAAUGCAUCGCUACUACCAGUGCUUUGAUGAUCACAAUCGACAAGUGGAUCUAUCACAGUGUUACCACAUCGAGCAGCCGCGUCAUGAAGCUCUGAUGCAGCAAUGUCGGCUACCUGACUGCACGCACUGGUGGGUCGGUCCUUGGAAACCGUGCCAACCCUGUCACAUGCCGGGAGAAGACGCAACAAAACAGAGGAACGUGCAUUGUGUAAACAAAGUGUCAAACAAUGUUGUUAGCGAUUUGGAAUGCGAUCCUAGCACCAAGCCUAUUCAUUCAAUACGUUGCCCCGAUGUACCGGCGUGCUAA